CAGCAAAAGUUCAAAAAUAAAGCAGAGGAAAAGAAGUGAGGCGUUCACGAACCUCCGGUCUCCAAAUGUGGAUUUAAGCGAAACCAGAUGGUUCAUGGUUCCGCCUGCCAGACCAGACCCCUCCAGGACAUUUCCAGACUUCAGGACUCCUCCAGGAGCUGGACCAGUUUCCUCCGUCACUCGGCUGUUUUUCUGCCUAAACCGAACGUCGGAUCCUUCAGUCCGAACUAUUUAAAGCGCACUUUUAAAUCGGGUUUCCGGGAUUUUUUGCCUGUUUCGUUGGAGUUCUGCGGCACUUCCCUGCUCCUCUGAAACGUCCCGUUAUGUCUCCGUUUAUUAUCGGAGUCUUGAUCAGCUGACGAGACGGCGGGUAUCCCGCGGACACGGAUCAAACCCGGGUCAUUCCCCAGUCCGGAUCCAGGAGGACGACUUCUCUUUGAAGUGUCAUGACCUUUCCAGAACAACGCGACGAAGAAGCGAUGAGACGAAGCAUUGACGCGCACAGAGGUCGCCUGAAAACCGGAGCGAUUUAACGUUUGACUCGUUACCGAUGAGACUUGAGGACUUAAAUAUCACAAACCGACAGCUCCACGUGUUCUCCUGAUCCCAUCUCUGAAUUCGGCAUAAACAUAAUAUUUGAAACUUAUGUUUAUUUAAGUCAAGCUCGCGUUUACAAACCGUCGGCAGAUUUGUACAUUCCCGUCAGAUCAGACGCACAAAGCCAGACUCUAUUGAAGAUGAGUCCGUUUUUAAGUUUGAUUCGUUUCCGAUGCGAUUCCAUUAUAUGUCAAAUGUAAAUUAGUCCUUUUUGCAAUCUCUCAUUAAUACAACGGUUACUUCGGUAUAAAUAUAAUACAUCAAAGCGAAAUGGUCUUAAAAUAAACUUUGGGACAUCCGUUAUUUUCUUGUCCGUGGAGCAGUACAGCGACAGACUCCGUUGAAGAAUAAUCCGAUUCUAGAUUUGAUUCGUUUCUGAUUCAAAUGUUUUACGUUUAAAAUGUUUUGGACACUCUUUACCUUUUCUCAUAACGACGCGGGUAAAUUCGGCAUAGAUAAAAUGAGUGAAAACCAACUCAAUUGAAAUCAAAACACGUUGAGAUAUAGUUGAGAGCACAGCGCCAGACGUCUUUGAAGAACAUUCCGGUUUAAAGUUUGGCUCGUUUCUGCUGUGGCUUCUUUGUUUAUUUUUUUUAAAAAACAUGUUUUUAUUUCCUCAUGGACACACCAGUUAAUUCGGCUUAAACAUACUUUUUUUUCUUCUUUUUUUUUUAAACCAAACUUUCAUUCAGCAGGAAAGCACCAGUCUCAAUUUAAGAAAUCUAUUUUAAAGUUUGCUUGAUUCUGGAUUAAAGUUCAGUGUGUUUAAAUGACGCCACAAUGACUCUGCUUACACCUGAGGAUCCACUGAUGAAUUCGGGGUGAAAAUGAGAAUUUUUAAUUGAAUGAGACUCGAACUUUCAGCGUGUUUCCCUCUCAGUAACCUGAAGCGGAUGAAGAUGAAGAGGAGGCUCCGUGGAGAGACACCGGGGGAGUGAAGAGUGACCAUGCGGGGUCUCCUGGCUUCUGCCGGCGGGCUCCUCCUGGCGCUGCUCCGCCGCCGCUCCUGCUCCGGCCCGCCGCUGCUGCUGCUGCUCGGUGUCGCGGUGUGUCUCUUCUAUCAGACCGUGAUGGUGGCGCGCAACCGGCUCCGCUCCGGUACGCAGCCCGCCGCCGCCGACGUCCGCGCCCGGAAACCGUCACAUGACGUCAUGAUGGAGGAGACGAGGAGGUUCAUCUCUGACCUGGAGGCUGUGCAGAGACGGAGGGACGCUCAGGUCCAGUCCUGGUUUCAGAAACCCUUGCAGCGGCGCCGGGCCGUGGUUCUGACAGGUCAACACCAGGUCUCCGACACCGAGGUCCAACUGUACCAGCAGGUCCUGCGGCAGAUGGACUAUGACGUCCACCUGUCCACGUACGCCGAGACAAGCAGUGUCCUGAGAUCACAGCAAGAUGGGAGUGGGUGGAGCCUGUUGCUGUGUCUCAGCAGCGCCGAGCGGAGCUGCCUCAGGAGAGUCUCCUUCUCUCACCUGCGACAUCAGAGGGUGAACCUGAUCCCGGCGCUGAUGGACGCCUUCUCUGAUGCAGGCGGCGGCCUCUGUCGCCUGUUCGCUCGCUCUCAGCGGACAGAUUUACCCAUGAGGCCGUUCUCCUGUGGUCAGCUGACCAAUCAGAAGCUGCCGUUUCCUCAGGACAGAGCCCCGCCCCCUGGUCUGGUUGCCACGGUGAACCUUUACGUCCUGGUGACCUCUCUCAGACCGCUGACAUCAUUCCUGCAUCACAUCAGCGCGGUGACGUCCAAUCAGGAGCUGAGAGGACGAAUCACCGAGGUAAAACCUCCUGAGUGGGCGGGGCUACAGCUCAGCGACUUCCUGCUGCAGCAGCUGGGACCAGCGGGCUCCCAUCAUGCUUUGUGGCAGGUGAAGCAGGUGGUUGGUGACGUGCUGCAGGCGGCUGCGGCAUCGACCAAUAAGAAGAGAGAAAAAGACAACAGGUGUGUGUUGUGUUACCAGCUGCUCACCUUCACGCUGCUGUUCAGCGGCUCCAUUACACCUGAAAUCAUACAGGUGGACACGGACUUGACGUUUGUGUCUCUGAGAGACGACGCGUUCGACGGACAGAUCGGCAGAGACGUGAUCCUGGAGGACACACUGCACUUCCUGCUGGGGACACAACCACACCUGUCCUCUGAGGCGGAGACGGAGGCGGGACAGCACGGCGGCUGCACAGACUCUCUGUGUUUGUCAGACGAAGACUUUCCUCGUCUUCUUCAGUUUCACAGACAGAUGUCCACGUCCUCAGCUUUUCAGCUGCUUUCUCCCAGCACCACCUGCUCCUCCUCUUCGUCCUCCUCUUCCUCUCUGUCUGACCUCCUGAUCAGGAUCAGCUGUUACUAUGACCUCCAGAUGAACCUCAGCUCCAGGAGCGACGACACCAACGCUUUGACCAAUCAGGAGUCGCCCGUGUCCUCGCAGGGCGGAGCUUCAGAUCUCUGUGUGGACCCCCGCCUCCGACAGAUCUACACUGACCCCGCCCUCACCCUGACUCCGCCCUUCAGCCCCCGGGUGAAGGAGUACCGUGCCGAGGUGACCUUUGACACAGUGACGGUUCGAAUCCGGCCGAUGCCCGUCAGCCCGGCAUGCCGGGUCCACCUCGACGAGCACCGAGGACCCAGGAUGGCGAACUACCCGGUCGGCCUCGGCAACAGCAGGAUCAGCAUCCUCGUGACUGAUGACAGCGAACACGAGCCCGUCGUCAUGACGAUAUACACCAUCUACGUGUACCGAGAGAGCCGCCCCAGUCUGCCUAUGUUUGCCGAUCACGUGAUGUGCAGCUUCGUGCAGGACUGUGGUCUUCUGGUACGUCCUGCACAGUCCUGUGGUCUUCAGCCGCUCGCCACGUCCCCGAGUCCACGUCGGAUCUGCAGCUCCGGACACGAACCAGGUCGGUGGGUGGUCCCGUGUCUCAGCUGUUCUGACAACAGGACAUGUGAUUGGAGGGAGGUUGCCUGGCAACCGGACGGCUGUUACCACCCGCUGGUGAACCGCCCCCUGUUGCAGGACUGCAUGACGGACAGGAAGGUGAUGUUCAUCGGCGACUCCACCAAUCGCGGGAUGAUGUACUUCCUGAUGGAGCGUGUGAACGCGAGUCUGUCGGACUGGGGGAAGGCCCACGACACGCUGGUCUACGGGAACCUGAACGGGGGCCGGACGCAGGUCAGCUACUCGUACUACCCUCAGUUCUGGCUGGAGAGGGGGCGGCGGCCCACAUUCAGGCAGGCGCUGCUGCAGCUGCUGCACAGGUCUCGCCCUCUGGUGGACUCUCACCUGACCGUGCUGGUGGUGGGCGGAGUCCAGUGGGUUAGCACCGAUCACCUGAGGACAGUCGGCGAGGUGCUGGACAGGGAGUCUCUCAGUAACAUCCUGGUGGUGGUCAAGUCUUUGGGAAUGGGUUUCCAUCUUCCUGUGGACGGGAUAAGGUCUCUGAGUCUGAGAGAAAUCCAGAACCUUGACAGAGACAACGAUAACAUCGUUUCCACUGCAAAGCAUCAUGGGUACGAGGCGAUCGACACGUUCAGCAUCACGAUGGGUCGUUACAAAGAGUUCCUGCAGGGGCGCUGUGCCUGCCACUUCCACGAGGUGGAGAAGCUUGGCUCGUCCACCAACAGAACCAAGUCCAGCAGACCUGGACCCAGCAGCCAAUCAUCCGUGCAGGACACGGACCUGGAGGCGGAGCCUGAAACCUUCACCUAUCAUGUGAGAGGACCAGUGAACCAGGUGUACUCUGAGAUCCUCCUGAGCCGCCUGUGUCCCAGAACCAGGACCUAAAGAGAGAGUGCGUGUGAAGUGAAGCAGACGGACAUGAGAGAAUAAGUUUAAAGCUUUUUUUCUUCAGCUCAUGAAGGCGUCAUUAGUCUUCAUUUUAACAGAGAAACAGUUGACAGCUCGUCAAUAACCAUCAAUAAAUAAUAUAUAUAUAAUAUUUAUAUAUAUAAAUGUGAGUCUUAUCAUCAUAUAGACCCAUUACAUAUGUGCAGCUAGUUUUAAUAACAUUUCCUUCAGUUGCGCCUUAGCUAGUUUUUGACGUAUACUAGUUAAUUUUUAAAUGCAUACUGACUAGUAUUUGAUGCUUAUUAACUAGUCUCUCAUCCCUGUGUACUAGUUUUUAUUUAUGUGCUAGUCUUUUACUAGUCAUAAUAACUAGUUUGGGCUGUAUUCUGACUAGUUUCUGAUGUAUAAGUAGUUUUGCAUACCAACUAGUGUUUAGUGUCUACUAGUUUGUUUCUGAUGCUGAC